AUGGACACCGAACUGGAAAAGAUCUCAAAAAUCUGCAUGAACACUACUGACUUCGAAGCUCUAACAGGGAAUAUUGUCAGAGAUCUGGUCGCCGCCGCAAUGAAAUACCCUUUGAUGACAGAAACCGGACCGGUGAUAGGUCUAACCGAGUUACGGGCGGCACUUAACUUUGGUCCAUUGCCUCCAUGGCGCCACCGGAAUCUGACAAGGCCCAGUGAGCAAGAAUUGAGCUCCGCGAGCAGCCUGGAGGAGUAUUAUGACCUAAAAGAGCCGACGUCGAAGAUGAGAAGUCUCGAUAGUUGGUGGUUGUUGGAGAAGAAUAUGGCACCGGCGGUCGUUUAUUUCGAUGAACAUUUCCCCGCGAUUCGCAAGAUUUUUAGAGGGAAAUUCAAGAAAAUAAGAGAGGAAGGUGGAAAGAAGGAUAGGAAGAUGGUGGAUCGGAUGAUUGAAGAAUACUCGGCGAUUAAGGAGAAAGUUUACAAAGCGAUGGACAAAAUAUUGAAUAAUUUCGAGUGCGAAACAUGA